GAGCCGAAGCCUAGUCCGCUGCAGAGCUCUCCAGAGCUCCCGCCGCCGCGAUUCCGUCCCGGACCUGGGCCACCCACCGGGUGGUGGGUGCUCUUUGGCCCGGGUUCUGCAAAGCCCUGAAGGUAAAUCCGCCUGUGAGCCGGGCAGCUAGAGUGCUAGGGGACCAACGACGGGGGCGGGCGGCUGGAUGGCGGAAGAGGGGAGCGUCCCGCGGCGAGUUUCCCAAGAAAGCUGAACUCGUCCCAAGUUUCUUGUGCAUCAGUUUGCACCCGGCGAAUUGGUGGCGGUCUCUUUCCGUGCGGGUGGUCUUUGGGCUCCGGAGAGACGUGGAGGUGAUUGGAUUAGUACCCCACAGUGUGGCCCAGAUUCUGAGCGGGACUGCGCCGGGCGGUGGGCACAGUUUUUGCCCGAGAAAGGGAGGGUGUUUGACGCGCAGUUGUGUCCGGCGCAGCGUUCGCGUGAUCGCCGGGCUCAGAGCGCGCGUGUCUGCAAGGCGUUCCUGGUUGUCCAGAGGCAAAGUUCCAUGACUUCUUUCCUCUUUAGGCAAGACUAACUGGGUGCUGUUCACCCCGGGGCUGACUCGCUCCCUGCCCCCCACCAAGGCUCCGCUAUGGACGGCGAGAGCGAAGUGGAUUUUUCCAGCAACAACUUAACCCCGUUGUGGCGGAGGCGUUCAACCCCUCAGCCCCAGCUGCUGGGCCGGAGCAAGCCGAGGCCCCAGUCCUACCAGAGCCCGAGCGGGUUGCUGAUCACGGAUUUCCCGGUGGAGGACCGAGGGACGCUCCCUGCGGUGCAGACUCCGGCUCAGGUGCCCACCUCCUCCGACGGCAGGACAGUCCAGAGGAGCCCGCUGCUUCUUUGCGCCCAUCGGAGAGCGGUAACCAAUGGGAGGACCGUCUCGCCGGAGUACAGGGCUGUCUCUCCUCGGCUUCGACGGCCCAAGUCACCCCAGGUACCCAAAGUGGCGUCGGGCGGACCCCCCAAAUCCCCAGCGAAUGGCACGGUGACCUCGCCCGCGCCACAGCAGCUGCACCCCCCGCGGACUCAAGCACCCGCUCCCUGCAGCUCGGAAGACAGGGCCAGAUUCCCCGCCAGCCCUCUGCCUUCUUCUGCUGCAAAUGGGCUUACUCCUAAUAUCGCCUCUCCAGGAGCCCGUUCGCUGCCCGGCCAGAUGGCCAAGGACCCUGAGCGGACACCCUCGAGACUUUCUCCUGCUCCCCAGAAAAGGUACUUAGAACAAAAACUCCCCCUCCAAAGGCUGCCCUCACAGGAGAAUGAGCUCCCGGAGAAUCCUUCAGUGGUUUUGAGCACAAACAGCCCCGCCGCCCUCAAAGUGGGGAAACAUCAGAUCAUUCCGAAGAGCCUGGCCUCGGAAAUUAAAAUAAGUAAAUCUAACAAUCAGAAUGUGGAGCCCCACAAGAGACUGCUCAAGGUUCGCAGCAUGGUGGAAGGACUUGGAGCACCCCUGGGCCCUGCAGAGGACGAGGGCGAGGCGGAGAACGACGUGGACAGCCCGGGGUCUCUGCGGAGAGGCUUGCGGUCCACGUCCUAUCGCAGGGCCGUGGUCAGUGGCGUUGACUUUGACAGUCCUACCACCUCGAAGAAGAAGAACAGAAUGUCCCAGCCUGUUCUGAAAGCUGUGAUGGAAGACAAGGAGAAGUUUUCCAGCCUGGGAAGGAUAAAGAAAAAAAUGCUGAAAGGACAAGGAACAUUUGAUGGGGAAGAAAAUGCUGUCCUGUAUCAGAACUACAAAGAAAAGGCCCUUGACAUUGACUCCGAUGAAGAGUCAGAGCCCAAAGAAGAAAAAUCAGAUGAAAAAAUUGUAAUUCACCAUAAGCCGCUGAGGUCCACGUGGAGUCAGCUCUCUGCGGUGAAAAGAAAUGGAUUGUCUCAGACAGUUAGCCAGGAGGAAAGAAAGAGACAAGAGGCUAUCUUUGAAGUUAUAUCCUCUGAACAUUCAUACUUACUCAGCUUGGAGAUCUUGAUACGGAUGUUUAAAAAUUCUAAAGAACUGAGUGAUACAAUGACUAAAACAGAGAGUCACCAUCUUUUCUCCAAUAUUACAGAUGUCUGUGAGGCAAGCAAAAAAUUCUUUACAGAGUUGGAAGCAAGACAUCAGAAUAAUAUCUUCAUAGAUGACAUAAGUGACAUUGUGGAAAAACACACAGCAUCCACAUUUGACCCAUAUGUGAAAUACUGCACAAAUGAAGUCUACCAACAGCGGACACUUCAAAAAUUGUUAGCCACCAACCCAUCUUUUAAGGAGGUUUUGUCCCGAAUUGAGUCCCAUGAAGACUGCAGAAAUUUACCCAUGAUCUCUUUCCUCAUUCUCCCCAUGCAGAGGGUGACGCGCCUCCCCCUGCUGAUGGACACUAUCUGUCAAAAGACACCUAAGGACUCUCCAAAAUAUGAAACCUGCAAAAGGGCCUUAAAGGAAGUAAGCAAGCUGGUUCGACUCUGCAAUGAAGGAGCCCGGAAGAUGGAAAGGACUGAAAUGAUGUAUACGAUCAACUCCCAGCUGGAAUUUAAAAUUAAGCCUUUUCCUCUAGUCUCCUCUUCCCGAUGGUUGGUCAAAAGGGGUGAGUUGACAGCCUACGUGGAAGAUACUGUGCUUUUCUCAAAAAGAACAUCCAAACAGCAGGUCUACUUCUUCCUCUUUAACGACGUUCUCAUUAUCACCAAGAAGAAGAGUGAGGAAAGUUACAACGUCAAUGAUUAUUCUUUAAGAGAUCAACUACUGGUGGAGUCUUGUGAUGGUGAAGAGCUUAAUUCUUCUCCAGGGAAGAACAGUUCCACAAUGCUUUAUUCAAGACAGAACUCCGCCAAUCACCUCUUUACACUGACGGUCCUUAGUAACCAUGCGAAUGAGAAAGUGGAAAUGCUGCUGGGGGCUGAGACACAGAGUGAGCGAGCCCGCUGGAUAACCGCCCUGGGACACAGCAGCGGGAAGCAGCCUCCGGACCGAACCUCACUGACCCAGGUGGAAAUCAUUAGAUCAUUUACUGCCAAGCAGCCCGAUGAACUCUCCCUGCAGGUGGCAGAUGUGGUCCUCAUUUAUCAACGUGUUGGUGAUGGCUGGUAUGAAGGGGAAAGACUGCGAGAUGGAGAAAGGGGCUGGUUUCCCAUGGAGUGUGCCAAGGAGAUAACAUGUCAAGCUACCAUUGAUAAGAAUGUGGAGAGAAUGGGACGUUUGCUGGGACUGGAGACCAAUGUGUAGCCUCUCCAAUGGUAUUUUGUUACUGCAAGAUUUGCACUACUGGUUGUUCAGGGCUGGUUCUGUUGUUCAUUUUGACACAGCCUAUUUAAUUAAAAGAAUGAAAACACUUGCCUUUAAGCUUGCCAGAUGGUCCUGUUCUCUCAGGAGAACACCUACUGGAUACAGUUAGUUCACGAAGCUCAGUUUGUGCACAGCGAUCCUUUUGCAAACCUCAGUAGGUAAACAGAAGAGCUGAGCAUUCCACUUCAGGGAGCAGGCAGCCUCAGCUAUUCCUAUAGUUUUAUCAAGUUCUGGCAUAAAACAAACUAUGUAAGAUGCUAUAUCCUGGUUUCCUCUACCCUCACUUAACCAAGAAUGUAUACUAUCCCUGUUUAAACAUCUCCUUCAUAUGGUUCUUUCAGUAUUCGCAAGGUUUUAUGUCUUUAAGGAGUGCCCACUUUUGUAGAUAUUUUUCCUGUCUCUUUAUAUUUUAGAUCUGACUCGAAUGCUCUCUUGAUUUCAAAAGGAACUGGUAGAGUUCUGAAGCUGAGCUCAGCUUUUCUAAACCUCUUCCCAAGAAAGGGAAAUUGACACUUGAAUUUUUGCCACUGCUUUCCUCAUCUGAAGGGAAGUAAGGAGGCUUAAAGAUUUUUUUUUUUUAACCAUCUCACCCAAUUUUGGUCUUAGAUAAGUAUAGCCUAAUAAACCAUAAGCUACUCUAACAACAGAGACUUUAGAUGGUUCCAAUAUGUGAGAAAAUCCUGAAUAUAGGACAGGGGUCCUACUUUUUUUUAAAAAAAAAAUCCCCCAAUAAGCUGAUAAACUGACGUGAGGCUGCUUUGCCUUCAAUAUUAUGUAAGGUUUUUGACUGUUUCCAAAAGGAAAUUGGCUGAAACACACUUUUAACAACCUCAAGGAAGAUAAAAUUAGACCUUAAAAGGUAUCAAGAAGCCAAUCUGGUACUUCAUUGAAGCAUAACCAUAAUUGACCUUAAUAGGAACUCAUUUGCACUAAAGGAUUUGAAGUCUCUCAUAACUGUGGGUGUCUGCAGAACUUGCUUUUUCCACGAGUGCAAGGAGAGAGAAAAGCCAUUGUCAUGUCCAUUUCAUAAAGAAGGAAAGAGGGUUUGGAAGAUGGAGGGGGAGGAGUGAUUUUUACAGGCAGCUAUGUUCCCUCUCUACUCCAUUCUCUUCCAUAGAGGGGUAAAACCCGGCACAGGGACAUCAUUCAAGCACUCAGAUCCAUGUGUGACAUGUCCCAGCUAUCAUCUGCCAACCAGUACCCAAUCCUGAGUAAUGUUGCAGAAACCCAGUGUAGGUAGGAGGUGAGUGUGUCAGCUCACAUGCUGUGUCCUGUCACGGCAGCAGUGAGCCCAGCGGUGGACACCUGUGGCUGUCUUGCCCCCCCUGCACCAUCACACCCCCCCACCCCCCACCGCCCCAGUUGCUCUCCUUUGCUAGUGCACAUGUCUCUGGAUAUAAAGAUGUGCCAGGUUCUGAGCUCCUUGAGGUCUGAGCCAAUCUGUCAGUGAACAGCAGUAGACACAGCAAGCGAGGUCUCGGGGUUGAUAAAACAAGAAAUCUGUCUCCUCUUUGAUGGUGCAGACUUUUUGGAGGAGAGGCUAAUAUCUAUAAUCUAAUGUGAUGUUUUCAUUUAGGGCGGAAGGUAAAUGUGUUGCUUGCCAAGAGACCAUUCCUUAUUAUUUUUGCUGACACCCUAUUGAAACUGAAAAGCAACUAUAUAAAUCCUGUGAAUUUAUCAGUAGAGAUGUUCAACAGUUUUGGAAUAUGUGCAUCUUAUAAAUCAAAGCCUGUUUAGCAAGCAGGUUAAUACUGUUAUGAGGUAAAGCAUUGUUUUAUGGCAGGUAUUAUCACAUUCACAAUAUUUUAGUUCAGACAUGAAUUGUCGUUUUUACAUGAUACAGUAUUUUUUAAAAUUCAGUUCAGUGUCUGAGUUUCUCUGAAUUGUACAAUGACUUCAUUCAGUGACCUGUGGAGUACAAACAUACUCAUUUUUGUCCCAAUGAUUCAAGACUGCUUGUUCACUUUUGGCAAAAUAUGUGAAUUUAUAAAGAUUUUGUAUAUACUUG